AUCGGUUAGCACAUUCAGUGCCACAACGACAGCAACCAGCGAAGAUCGCACACGUGAAAGCUUUUUCGCCAAUAUAACUGUCUGGUGGCAAAUUUUCGCUAUCAGUCUGUUUGUGAUCAGCACGCUACAUUGUACGAUCGUUGCGAUCCGUUAGUGAGGUUGUUAGAGUGACAAUUGUGUUAACAUUAAGUGUGCGUUUGAAGUGUUUCAGAUUUUGUAGGGCAAUAAGUUUUUUCCAUAACUAAUCAUUCAGCAGCUUUGAGAAACUUCCACUACCUACGCCUUGUCACAGUAGAGUGCACCAGCCAAGUACUUUGCGACAAUCUGCCAACAUCUACUAGUUCAUGCUAUGAUCGAGGCAACUGACCUCAACUGUGCGAAUUGCCGGUAAAGCGUGAGGAGCCAUGGGCAGCUGGUUCGGAACCGAACGCGCGUUCGUUUAAUAUCAAUUCUAAACGCGUUUGAAUUGAAUGGUUCGCAAAAUAAAAUAAUAUAACGCACGUGAUGGUGAAUCUUCCGUCAGUUCAUGGUUGAGAGAGGUAUAUAAACAGCGUUCAAGUGUGACACGUUCCGUGCGUGACUGAUCAAUCGUAGUUCGUUAAAAGUGUGAAAAAAUUGUGUCAAACAAGUGAACGCAUACAUACAAAAAAAGGUGUAAAUACUCUUUUUAAUAAAAAAUUUAGCGUUAAUCUUAUUUUUUCAAACUUCAAUCAUCUGUAAAGCAACAACACCUUAAGCAUGUACGGGCCGCUAAUCCAUUUCAUUAAAGCGAUAGAUCGCAUACCGACCCGGUUCAACGUGUCUAUUAUGUUGUUUAUGGCAUGUCUCAUCAGCUAUAUGUUACGAGUAAACAUGUCUGUCAAUAUAUUGGCAAUGGUGCAGCCAAUUCAAAGCAACAUCAAACAAUCUGCACCCUUGGACCAUAAUAACAUAUCUGAUGGAACAACUAAUCAAACAAUGAUCGAAAAUUCAAAAGUCCCAGAUUAUGGUCCACGAUAUAAUUGGAGCUCUCACGAUCAAAGCAUCAUCUUGGGCGCCUAUUUCUACGGUUAUCUGAUAUCGUCGUUGCCGGCCGGUAUUUUUGCGGAACGCUUUGGUGGACGUAAUAUGGUUGGACUGUCGUUGGCAUUUAGCGCACUCCUAACCGCAUUAACUCCCCUAGCCGCUGACAAUGGCAUGUGGGCCACUAUUGCCAAUCGCGUGGCGCUAGGAAUUUUAGGUGGCUUUUUGUAUCCGGCAUUACACAACCUCAUCUCUAAAUGGGCACCCCCAGACGAGAAGGGAAAGUUCGUAUCGGCUCUCAUGGGUGGAACAUUUGGCACGGUUAUCACGUGGCCCCUGGUCGGCGUUCUAAUUGAGACGCUCGGAUGGUCCUUUGCCUUCUACAUUCCAGCAGUAAUCUCUGCCAUCGUAGCAGUGCUGUGGUACAUUAUUGUAGCCGACAGUCCAUCAACCCAUCCUCGCAUAAAAGCGGAAGAGAAAGACUAUAUAGAAAAGUCACUCGGCGACACAAUCUCGAAAUCGAAGCUCUUACCACCAAUUGCAUCACUUGCUACAUCGCCACCAUUUUUGGCCUUGCUAGUGUUGCAUUUUGGCAACCUGUGGGGCUUGUACUUCUUGAUAACUGCAGCACCUAAAUUUAUGAGUGAGGUACUUGGAUUUAAGCUUGCCAAAGCAGGAUUCCUAGCGGCACUACCAUAUCUAGCAAGAUCAUUGGCCGCAUUUUUAUUCGGAACAGUGGGUGAUUUGCUUCGUAAAAAAUCGAUUAUGAGCGUCACUGCAAUACGCAAGUCCUUCUGCUUAUUCUCUCACAUAAUACCCGGCCUGUUUCUCGUUGGGCUAAUCUACAUUGGCUUCGAUCCAUACGUUUGUGUCGCCAUCAUUACACUCUCGCUCGGGUUUAACGGUGCAUCUACGAUGACCAAUCUCCAAAACUCCCAGGACCUGGCGCCCAACUUUGCCGGAACGCUGUACGGUAUCAUUAACUUUGUCGGAACGUCUAGCGGCUUCAUCUCGCCCAUCCUCGUAGCUCACUUUACCGUUCAGCAGAGUACUAUGGAAGAAUGGCAAUAUGUUUUCAUGAUUGGUGCGGCAGCUUACAUCGUUCCUGCGCUCAUAUUUAUCGUCUUUGGUUCAGGACAGGUACAGAAGUGGAACGAACCGAAACAAACGCAAGCGAAUGCAGAGUUCCAACACACCUAAGUUUACGACAAAACCUCCCGAAGCUACAUUUCCACACAACUCUUUCUCUUGCCACACUCUUCCCUUUCCUUCUUCUAUCGAAUCUCAGGACAAUUUACUGUCGAUAAAUCGAACCCUACCGUCAUACGGUAACACUCCCAACCAUACUAACAAACGAAAGUAUUAUUAGCUACGAAAGGCAAACGGUGCUCAUGAAUUAAAUUUAGCUAUAUGACUUAUAUUAGAUUCAUUUAUAUAUGCAUUCAAACCAGUCCCCCGAGUCUUGGUUAUUUGUAUAUUUGUAUCAAACGUAUGUCAGUUAUCUUAUGCGUCGAGACAUAAUAACAUAACAAUACAAAAAAUAGUUCAAAAACUUCGCAUUUUUGCCGUCGUUUGAGAAUCCCGUGAUACUUUUGGUGAAUCCCAUCUUCUUUGUUCCAACCGAACUAAACUGGUUUAACAUGGGAUAAUAGAAUUAGGUCAAUCUAAUAUAUGGAGAAAUUCACUUUCGUACAAAACAAAAUUUAGAAUAUACAAGUAUCUCAUGAUAACAAUAUUUUUUACGCAAAUAAAUUGUCCAAUAAAGUAUUUUACAAAAAAAUA